CAUUACACACACUUCCUCAGUACUCAAAGGAGAUGACUGUCCCAUGUAGGUGAUUGCAGAACCUAGCGAAGGCUUUGGCUGCUGCAUGCUGGGGCUUGUUGUUCUACAGCAGUGUGGUAUCCCCAGGCUGAGCUCUUCCUGAAUGGUGGUAAAGGUGACCGUGAUCUGCAAUAAACAAUGGCUGAAGAUUUAAGGCGAUUCCUCUAUAAAAAGCUUCCGAGUGUGGAAGGACUUCAUGCCAUUGUGGUUUCUGACAGAGAUGGUGUCCCUGUUCUUAAAGUUGCCAAUGAAAACGCUCCCGAGUAUGCCUUGCGGCCUAGUUUUCUGUCUACGUUUGCGCUGGCCACUGACCAGGGAAGUAAGCUGGGACUCUCAAAAAACAAGAGCAUCAUCUGCUACUAUAAUACAUAUCAGAUAGUGCAGUUCAACAGACUGCCACUGGUUGUCAGCUUCAUAGCCAGCAGUAAUGCCAACACAGGUUUGAUACUCAGCUUAGAGAAAGAGCUUGGUCCUUUGUUUGAAGAACUGCGGCAAGUUGUGGAAAACUCCUGAAUAAGCCAGUUCUGAUUUUUAUGGACUUUUCACACGAUGGAGAGUUGCUGUUUCCAAAGCUGACCGCUAUUAAACAGCCUAAAGAAGCUGUACUACUUCACAGCCUAGGCUGGAGCUCUGCUUUGCUGUGGAAAUGGUAACAAUUAUCCAGACGCACACCAAUAAGGGUAUCACUGUGGAGGAAAUGAUCCCAUUUUGGGGAAUAUUUUGUAUGAAAUCAUAUUAUUCAUUGUCUAGCAAGAACCUUACAAAUAAAUUAUAAAUCAGCCCAGCUUGUUUUCAUUUUAA